CUCGUCUGUGAGGACCACGCUGGAGAACAAAUGGACGCUUUCGACUUGUUUCGUAAACUCGGAGCCGGAGCUAAGUUUGACCUGAAGAGGUUUGGAAGCGACGCCGCUCGAUUUAAGAUUAUCAGGACUCACGGAGGGGAAGCGUCCUCAGAUCCUCUCUCCUCAAUCGAUUACUUCAGUACAGGAGCGGCCAAUGGAGCCCAGAGCAGGAGCAGUGGACUGGAUGAGGAAGAGGAAGGAGUAGGAAGAGUAGACGAGGAUGAGGAGGGAAGUGAUGGUGAUGAUUCUGGUGCAGGAGUCAAACGGAAGGGAGGACAUGAAGAGAGUGGAGCGAGGACAAAGAAGAAAAAGAAAAACCCCAAAGGAAACCAGGUGGACGAUGCGGGUGGAAGUGGAAUCACCUGGACGUCCUCACUGGACAGAAAGAUCCAGAACCUGCCGAGUCACGAGAAGGAGAAAAACUCUGUGAAGAGGCUGAAGCAUCUUCAUCAGCAGAAGGUGAAUCGUAUUCGCUCUCAACACCGCAUCAACGUCCACGGCUCUGACGUUCCUGACCCGCUGUGUACAUUUGAGGAGCUGCAGUCUGAGUAUCGCCUCAACCCGCGCGUCCUUCAGAAUCUCACAGACGCAGGAUUGACUUCACCGACACCGAUACAGAUGCAGGCGGUACCGCUCAUGAUGCACAACCGUGAGCUCCUGGCCUGCGCUCCCACUGGAUCCGGAAAGACUUUGGCUUUCUGUCUCCCGCUGCUCGCUCACCUGCAGCAGCCGGCAAACCUGGGCUUCAGAGCCGUGAUCAUCUCCCCGACCAGGGAACUGGCCAGCCAGACGCACAGAGAGCUGCUGCGUCUGUCAGAGGGAGUCGGCUUCAGAGUUCACAUCAUCGACAAAGCUUCACUGGCAGCCAAGAAAUAUGGACCACAGUCAAACAGAAAAUAUGACGUCCUCGUCAGCACGCCCAACAGACUCGUCUUCCUCCUGAAGCAGGAUCCUCCAGCUCUGGACCUCAGCAGUGUGGAGUGGCUGGUGGUCGAUGAGUCUGAUAAGCUGUUUGAAGACGGUAAGUCGGGUUUCAGGGAGCAGCUGGCGACCGUGUUUCUCGCCUGCUCCAACCCAAAGGUGCGCAGGGCUUUUUUCAGCGCCACCUGCACAGCAGACGUGGACCAGUGGUGCCGCCUGAACCUCGACAACCUGGUGUCGGUCAACAUCGGACACAGAAAUACAGCGGUGGAGACGGUGGAACAGGAGCUGCUGUUUGUUGGUACAGAGAACGGCAAACUGGUGGCCAUGAGGGACAUCAUUAAGAAGGGUUUUCUGCCUCCCAUGCUGGUGUUUGUUCAGUCUAAAGAGCGCGCACGGGAGCUUUUCCAUGAGCUGGUGUACGAAGGCAUUAAUGUAGAAGUGAUCCACGCAGACCGCACACAGCAGCAGAGAGACAACGUCGUCAGCAGUUUCCGCUCGGGUAAGAUUUGGGUGCUGAUCUGCACGGCUCUGCUCGCCAGAGGAAUCGACUUCAAAGGAGUCAACGUCGUACUCAACUACGACUUCCCCACCAGUGCUGUGGAAUACAUCCACCGGAUCGGUCGCACAGGUAGAGCUGGACAUCAGGGGAAAGCCGUUACCUUCUUCACAGAAAACGACAAACCACUGCUGCGCAGCAUUGCAAAUGUCAUAAAACAAGCAGGCUGCCCUGUACCUGAUUACAUGGUCGGCUUCAAGAAGACACACAGUAAAGAGAAACACAGACUUGAAAAGAGACCUCCCAAGAGAAACACCAUUUGCACAACGCCUCGCUUCUUGAUGAAGAAGAAGGAGGAAAAAGUACCGGCACUGAAAAGACAGAGGCAGGCAGACGGAGAAACAGAGUCAAAACAGCAAGGAUUGAAGAAAAGAAAUAAAAGGCCAAAAGAAAAGGGAACAGAAAAACAGAGGAAGGCUUCACUGAAGACGGGAGCAAAGUUAAAAAAGAGAGGAGGGAAGAACAAGAAGACACCGGCAGAGUAAAGAAGACUGAUGUGGACGUUUUUCCACAUUUGUGCUUUGUAUUAUCAGAGUAUAAAAUAAACACUUUUUUAUCUGUGUAUAUAUAAA